AUGUCGACAUUAGAUACAUUAGCAUCACAAAUUCCACAAGAAUUACGUGUUAAACUUAUGCAACAUUUUGGUAUUGCAAAAGAAUAUGAAAAAAAUCCAGGAAUGAUUUCAAUAACAUAUUAUUGUUUAAUGUAUAUUGCAAAUGAAGCACUUAAACUUCAAAAAGAUAAACAAUUUGUUUCAAAUGUACUUGAUUAUCUUGAAGCAACAAAACGAAAUAAUCCAAAUGAUGAAAUAAUUAAAUCUAUGUCAACUGGUCAAGCAACAAUUGAAGAAUUAAUAAGUGUACUUGUUACUGAAGCAAAUGAAGCUGAAGAUGAUGAACAUAAAACAUCUGAACAAUUACGUUUACUUAUGAGAAAACAUUAUACUGUUGGUGGUUUAGCAGAUGUUCUUUCUGUAUUUGGACCAGUUAAAGAUGAUUUUAUUACAUUAGGUAAAAUUGCUAAAAGUCGAGCAGUAACAAUUUUUCGUGAUUUAAAAUCUGGCGCUGGCAGUACUGGUCCAUCAUCAACAAUGAAACCUCCUGAUAGUCAUAUUGAUACUAGUGGUCAUAUUGUUUCACCAUCGAAACCAUCAGAAAUGCCAUCAUCAAAUCCAGCUUCAUCGUUUUAUAAUCAAACUACAAGUAAUAAAGAUGUUCCACUUGAUGUUAUAUCACAAUCACAAAAAUUACUUCGUUAUGCUAAUUCAGCUUUAGAACAUGAAGAUAUAGCUACAGCAGUUUAUAAUUGUGAACAAGCAUUGCAAUUACUUCAACCAUAUAAUCAUUAA